AUGUCGCAAUGCGGUCUCUCUGUCUGGACCUCUCCAGAGAAUGCGACUUUUGAUAUUGUGUUUGUCCAUGGUCUGCGAGGGCAUCCCGAGAAAACCUGGACUAAAGACGAUAUUUUGUGGCCGUUAGAUCUACUUGCCUCUGACGCUAAACAAUGCAGAAUUAUGAGCUUCGGAUAUGAUUCUGCUAUCGUCUAUUCAGAUACCGCUCAUAACUACGCCAGAGAUGGUGAGUGUAGCUCCUCAACCCACUGCUCUACCAGAACAGACUCACAACGUAAAAACCAGGCCAAGCGACCUAUUUUGCUGGUGGCUCAUAGCCUUGGGGGGCUUGUGUGUGCUACCGCAAUAGUACUGGGUGAUCGAAGUGCCAAGGGAGACAGCAUUGAGACUAUUGCGAGGCACGUGCAAGGUAUGAUCUUCUUCGGCACACCCUUCGGGGGCUCAAACUUAGCAAAAUGGGGUGAUCUCAUACGCCGAGUGUUUGAUGCGGUGAAAAAGACGGACAGAAGCACACUCAAAACUCUUCAAGCGGACUCGAAUGACCUGAAGUUACUGAGAACAGAGUUUCCUGAUGUGAUAAGAAAGCGAAAUGCAGGAGACAACAAAGUCAAGAUUUUCUUUUUCUUUGAAGAGCUCGAUACGUAUGGGCAACGUGUUGUUGAAGAACAUGCUGCAUCAUAUCAAGGUCUUGGCGAAAUACUUCCCCUUCGCUCUGAUCACCUCGAUAUGUGUAAAUUUACGUCGAAGGAAGAUGUCAAAUACAAGGUGGUAAAGGCAAAGAUAAUGGAUGUCGUUCUCAAUGUAGUGAAACUUACCCCGCCAGAAUCCGGUAGUCACAUCUUCUACAACUACGACAAAGUGAUCAACCAGUUUGGCACGGGAGGCUCCAUGCAUAUAGAAAACCAGACAUUCAACUUCGGGUAG